AUGGCCUAUGACCACUAUAUGGCCAUCUGUAAACCCCUUCACUACACAACCAUCAUGAGUUGGACUGUGUGCCACCUACUGGUGGCUGGUUUCUCGCUGGGGGGCAUAAUUCACUCCAUGGUGCAGAUCCUCGUCACUGUCCAGUUGCCCUUCUGUGGCCCCAAUGUGAUUGACCACUACUUCUGUGACCUCCAUCCCUUAUUCAAGCUUGCCUGCACUGACACCUCUGUGGAGGGGGUUAUUGUGCUGGCCAAAAGUGGGUUAUUGUCUAUAUUUUCCCUCCUUAUCUUGGUUUACUCCUAUGUUUUCAUCCUGGUCAACUUGAGGAACGUUUCUGCGGAGGGAAGACGCAAAGCCCUCUCCACCUGUGCCUCUCACACCACGGUGCUCAUCUUGUUCUUUGGACCUGCCAUCUUCCUCUACAUGCGGCCCCCCUCCACCUUCACUGGGGACAAACUGGUGGCUGUGUUCUACACGGUGGUCACCCCCACGCUGAACCCCAUCAUCUAUACACUCAGAAAUGCAGAGGUGAAAAUCGCCUUGAAGAGGUUGGGGUCGGGGGGCAGGAAAGUGCACUCAGGGGUGGGAUCAAAAUAA